UUUUCGCCUGUAGAGCGCUUCUGGGGGCAAACUUCUGCCAAUAACAAUCUUUCUCUACUCUACCAAAUAAUUCUAUUGCAGCAGCAUUCGAAAUAGCCAUACAAUACCUUUAUAUUUAUCGAUAUGACCCUAGCCUACGUAGCAGAUGUGUUCAUUCGGAGUUUAUUUGCUGUUGGUUGCAUGUAGCGCGAAAAGGUUAGUCAGCUAGUUGAUUAGCUGCGGUCCAAGCUGCAACUUUUAUCCGCGUUGUUGUUCGCCUUUGUGCGGAGAAAUCGGAAACUUUACUCCGGGGAUUCGGCCUGGAACAAUAACCGGAGGACGAAGGGAGUCAGGCCAUUAAUAGCUCAAAAUGUCGAUUCUGGGUCUUAAAAAGAAACAACCCAAGACUUUUAAAGUCAAAGUCAGCACCAUGGAUGCAGAGAUGGAGUUCAGCUGUGAGGUAAAAUGGAAAGGGAAAGACUUGUUUGAUCUGGUGUGCCGUACUAUUGGAUUGAGGGAAACUUGGUUCUUUGGCCUCCGAUACACCGUGAAAGACACACAUGCUUGGCUUAAGCCUGAUAAACGGGUAUUGGAUCAAGAUGUACCAACGGACUCUCCUAUAACAUUUCACUUUCUUGCUAAAUUCUUUCCUGAAAAAGUCGAGGAGGAGCUUGUACAGGAAAUCACACAGCACCUUUUCUUCUUACAAGUAAAGAAACAAAUACUAGAUGAGGAGAUAUUUUGUUCUCCAGAGGCCUCUGUCCUGUUGGCAUCAUAUGCUGUUCAAGCAAAGUAUGGGGAUUACGACCCAAACUUCCACAAGCCAGGCUUCCUGGCCCAAGAUGAACUCUUGCCUAAAAGGGUCCUGAUGCAGUAUCAGAUGACACCAGAGAUGUGGGAAGAGAAGAUCACAGCUUGGUAUGCUGAACACAGAAAUAUAGCAAGGGAUGAAGCGGAAAUGGAGUAUCUGAAAAUAGCCCAGGAUCUCGACAUGUAUGGCGUUAGCUAUUUUUCAAUCACACAAAAUAAGAGAGACAAGGAGCUCCUGCUUGGUGUCGAUGCACAGGGACUUCAUAUCUACAGCCCCAAUAGCAAACUGAAUCCCCAGAAGUCCUUCCCCUGGAGCGGUAUCCGUAACAUCUCCUACAGUGAGAAAGAGUUUACUAUUAAGCCACUGGACAAAAAGAAGGACGUCUUUAAAUUCUAUUCUUCACAACUCAGAGUGAAUAAGUUGAUCUUACAGCUGUGUAUUGGGAACCAUGAUCUGUUCAUGAGGCGUAGGAAGGUGGACUCCAUUGAAGUGCAGCAGAUGAAGGCUCAGGCCAAGGAAGAGAAGGCUAGGAAAAAGAUGGAACGUCAGAUUCUAGCACGGGAGAAGCAGCUGAGGGAGGAUGCGGAGCGGGCUAAAGAGGACAUGGAGCGUAGACUCUUUCAGCUUCAGGAUGAGGCUCGUAUGGCUAAUGAAGCUCUGGUGAGAAACUUGCUGCGCUCUGAGGAGACGGCCGACUUGCUGGCGGAGAAGGCCCAGAUUGCUGAGGAGGAGGCAAAGUUGCUGGCUCACAAAGCAGCCGAAGCAGAGCAAGAGAGACAGAGGCUGGAGGUCACGGCCCUCAAGACUAAAGAGGAGCACAGGCUAAUGGAGCAGAAGAUGAGGGAGGCGGAGCAGCUAGCUGUAAAACUGGUGGAGCAGUCAGAGAGGAGGUCAAAGGAGGCUGACCAUCUAAAACAGGAUCUGAACGAGGCCAAAGAUGCAGAACGCAGAGCCAAGCAGAAGCUGAUAGAGAUCACCAAAACAACAUACCCAUUGAUAGCUGCAUAUUCCAGUCCUCCACCCCCACCCGGCCCUGACAGUACGGAGAUACAGCCGGACAUGGCCGCCUCAUACCGACUGGACUUCAAAGACUCGGACAUGAAGAGACUAUCCAUGGAAAUCGAACGUGAACGGUUAGAGUACAUGGAGAAGAGCAAGCACUUGCAGGACCAGCUGAAAGAGCUGAAGUCAGAGAUCGAGUCUCUGAAGCUGGAGGAACAGCAGCAGCAAGCAGGGCUUUACAACCUGAGGGGUUAUGCCGAACCACCCUACAUCCCCCACAGCAACAGGAACUCAGCCUACAUGACUCAGAUGGCUUUCUUCGAGGAGGUGUGACCAGACAUAAGUCUGACAAGGAGGAAGGAGGUUACGAAAUCAACACUACAGUGUGCAACACUCAUCAGGGAAUGUACAAUAUCAAGCACACUUAUACACACUCCUGCACAAAAUGCUUUGGGGGUAAAAAGUGGUUUUAAAUAAUUAUACUGACAGGUUUAAUAUCUCUAACUAAAAAUGCUAUGCGCAGAACAACAGCGGUUUUACUGUAGUAGCUAAUGGGAUAUCCUUUCAAGCAAUUAUUUAAUGUUUGCAAAUCCUUUUUUUUUUUUUUUUUUUUCUUUUUUUUUU